GCCCCGCGCCCUCCUCCGCCCGCCCGCCCGCCUGCCCCGCGCUCCGGCCGGGCGGCCUCCCGGAGACCCGCGGCGCGCGGCGACAUGGCUGGCGGCCACCGCCUCCUGCUGGAGAACGCGCGGCAGGUGGUGAUGGUGUGCGGCCGCGGCGAGCGCUUCCUGGUGCGGGACGCGCUGCGCAGCCUGGCCGUGCUGGAGGGCGCCAGUCUCGUGGUGGGCACGGAUGGGCUUAUAAAAGCCAUCGGUCCUGCUGAUGCGAUCCAAAAAAUGUUUUCUGAAGAAACGUUCGAAGAAAGAAUUGACUGUUCUGGGAAAUGCAUCUUGCCGGGUUUGGUGGAUGCACACACACAUCCAGUAUGGGCUGGUGAAAGAGUUCACGAGUUUGCAAUGAAGUUGGCAGGAGCCACGUACAUGGAUAUUCACCGAGCUGGAGGAGGCAUCAACUUCACCGUGGAGCACACUCGCCAAGCCUCGGAGGAGGAGCUGUUCUGCUCCUUCCAGGAGCGGCUGCAGCGCAUGAUGAGGGCGGGGACCACGCUGGUGGAGUGCAAGAGCGGAUACGGCCUCAACCUGGAGGCAGAGCUCAAGAUGCUGCGCGUGAUUGAGCGUGCCCGGCGGCAGCUGCCCAUAGGCAUCUCAGCCACCUACUGCGGGGCUCACUCGGUGCCAAAAGGAAAGACUGCUCCAGAGGCUGCUGAUGAAAUCAUCAAUAGCCACCUCCCGCACCUGAAAGAGCUUGGCAGAAGUGGGGAAAUCCAUGUGGACAAUAUAGAUGUGUUCUGUGAGAAGGGCGUCUUUGAUCUCAGCUCCACCAGAAGGAUUCUUCAAAGUGGAAAAGAGAUGGGAUUACAGCUUAACUUCCAUGGGGAUGAGCUGCAUCCGAUGAAGGCUGCCGAGCUCGGGGCUGAGCUGGGAGCCCAGGCGAUCAGUCACCUGGAAGAAGCGAGCGAUGAGGGCAUCGUUGCCAUGGCAAUGGCCAGGUGCUCAGCCAUCCUUCUGCCCACCACGGCCUACAUGCUGAGACUGAAGCAGCCUCGCGCUAGGAAGAUGUUGGAUGAAGGGGUAAUCGUUGCUUUGGGCAGCGAUUUCAACCCGAAUGCAUAUUGCUUUUCAAUGCCAGUGGUCAUGCACCUGGCCUGCGUGAACAUGGGAAUGUCCAUGGCUGAAGCCUUGGCUGCUGCCACCAUCAACGCAGCUUAUGCCCUGGGAAAAUCGCACACACGUGGAUCUCUGGAAGUCGGCAAACAGGGAGAUCUCAUUAUCAUCAACUCGUCCAGAUGGGAACAUUUGAUUUACCAGUUUGGAGGCCAUCAUGAAUUAAUUGAAUAUGUUGUAGCUAAAGGAAAAGUCGUCUAUAAAAAAUGAAAGAUCUGAAAGGAAAGAGAAGACCUUUCGGCUAUAUAAGUCAAUGCAGUUGCAGUAAAAGUUAAAAUACCAUAGUAAUUUACCAGAGUGAUGUCACUUAAAUAUAUUUCAGUGCUUUGUUAAUCCACUUGAAAAAAACCAAGUCAUUAAUUUCUUUUAAUUUAACAUGUGCACCUGGACAUAUAAGCAGGUAAAUCAAUUGGAUCAUAAUCUCAGAACAUUAAAUCAUUUCACAGAGAUUUAUUACAAAUAAUUUGAAGAUUAAUACGGUAGAGUAUCAUCAGAAUGCCCUCGUGGGGAAAAGCAAUUGGCAGUUAGGUAGACACGGCUUGAAACUCCCAUUUUGUUUGUGCUUUUCAAGUUUCAGUUUUUAAACUAUGGGAUGGUGAGAAAUCCAAGUGAUAUGCCCCCAGUUAAGCAAAUGCAGCCUUCCAUUAUAAGCAGCUGGUUUGUCCUUUCCCACACAGGUUGCCUUUCUAUAAGCUCUUCAAAUGCAUGGGUGUCCCCUGAGGUAGGGUGUCCUUCUAUUUCUAAUUUCUUCUUGACUCCAGGAGUAGUGCUUCAGAGAAGAGUUCAAGACUCGUCAUUUUAGGGGCGCCUGGGUGGCUCAGUCAUUAAGCGUCUGCCUUCGGCUCAGGUCAUGGUCCCAGGGUCCUGGGAUCGAGCCCCGCAUCGGGCUCCCUGCUCGGCAGGGAGCCUGCUUCUCCCUCUGACCCUCCCCUUGCUUGUGUUCCCUCUCUCGCUGCCUCUCUCUGUCAAAUAAAUAAGUAAAAUCUUAAAAAAAAAAAAAGUCAUUUUAUACAUGGAGACGGGGGCCUUCCUAGAAUGGAUGCAUUUGGACCAAAUCUGAUAAUGUAAUUUUUAAAAAUCAUUUUUAAGAGUUUGAUUAUUCACAUUACAAAUGUAUAACAAAAUUUUUAAAGCUCUCAAUAAAUAUGUAUUGUCACUA